AUGGUACCGGACGAUUUAGUCCUGCUGCGAGAUGGCAGAUACGAGCAGAAAAUCCAGGUUGACAGGAGACGGCUUGAAGCCAUGAUAACGGGUAUUCCUACGAAUCAAAAGAGCUUGGUGUUCACCAGCGCCGACGAAUUCUUCAAUAAGGUGAAAUCUUACUCAGGUGCCGAAAUUUGUUGGCCGUCACAGUUGAAAAUUGGAGCGAAAACAAAAAAAGAUCCAUUUGUGAAGGUUACUGGGACAGCUUAUGAGAUCGAGCAAGCAAAAAAAUACAUCAGUGCGGCACUACAAGUGAAAGUGGGUCCAAUUUCUAGACGAGUGGACAAUAUAUCAAAAAAGGUUUAUUUCACAAUGGCAGAGUGA